AGUGGAUGGUUCAGGUUUGAAAGAACAGUGGGAUUGGCAGUUGAGGCUGUGGAAUCAAAGCGCAAAGGCUGUUGUGAAGUGGAAUACCAGGCCAAAAUGGAGGUCCCUCCCGAAUGAGCACCAAUACCUGUGUGCCUGGACAUCCACGAGGGCCCCAACAUCUGUGCUCCUGAUAGCUCCAUUAACUAAGCUGGGCAUAGUCUGGAUCCUGAGGACCAACUGUCUUUGGCAUUGAGCAGUUGGUAAUCAAUACACCACCCUAUUCUCAGUCACUUGGGGACAAAAAAGAAAGCCUGCACAACACUACCACUGGCCCACCUGCUAGAGUGGCCAAGGAAACAGGAUACUCUUCAAGGCAAGUUAGGGAAGGUGUGGAGCUGUUGCUAGGAACUGUCUUGAUAAAAGAAAGCCAUGGAGGGCCAGUGUAUGUUACCAUAUUAUACAGCCGAAAGCAGCCCUGCAAUGGGCAUGUUUAAUACCUCCAUGGGAAAGCUGCAGCGGCAACUGUACAAAGGCGAGUAUACUAUAUUCAGGUAUGCACCCAUGUUUGAGAGUGACUUUAUCCAGAUCAGCAAAACAGGAGAAGUGAUUGAUGUGCACAACCGUGCCCGAAUGGUAACAGUAGCCAUCGUUCGCACCAGUCCCUGCCUCACACUACCUGAUGUCAUGCUGCUGGCCCGACCAGCUGUUGUCUGUGACAAUGCCAGGUGUGGUCCUGCCACCCAGGGAAGAGGUAGUCCACCUGCACAGCUCUUAGAACUAACCAGGCUGCUUCCCUUGAUGUUUGUGAAAAUAAGCAUCCACAACAGCAUAAAAAAACAGCUCCACCUGAAGCUUGCCACUGGCCGCUCUUUUUAUCUUCAGCUAUGUCCCCCCUCAGAUGCAAGUGAAGACCUUUUUGUUCACUGGGAAAACCUUGUUUACAUCCUGAGACCACCAGUGGAGGCUUACAGUGGUACCAAGGGCAUCCUGGCUGGGAACACUUCAGACUCAUCUAUGUUUGAGGAAAUGUACAGGAGCCCAAUGGCAUAUGCCAUGAAGUUCUUUGAAGAGAAGGAGCAAAUCAGAAUCAGUAGACUUCACAUGAAUGCUGAAAUGUUUGGGUCCACCUAUUAUGAUUAUACAAUAGAGAUAUGAAUCCAACAUACCUCCCACAUAUACUACAUUCAAGAGUUUACAUACUCCUUCAGUCACAAAACCUAUAGUGCCUAAUAAAGGGGCAGGGUGGCAAUGGCAGUAGCAAUGACAGUAAGCACCACCACAGGUGCCAUGGAUGUGGCUGCGACCAAGUCUGCAGACUCAGACUUGGCGAGAAACACAGCACAGCCGCCUUCAAAGGUCCAGGAGGAAAUUUAGCCAGCAUGGCUAGAGUUGGGGAGCUUCCAUGGCUUAAUCUUGUUAUACUGAGGGCUACAAGGACAUUCUUGUCCUCAAAGCGUACUUCAAACACAUCAGUAAGUGCUAUUGGCCUCUCCUUAGAGAGCAGCAUGAAUGUGGUGACUACAGGAGCAGAGAGAUACUGACGAGGCUGUUACAUUGACAGUAUCUCUCUGCUACUCAAAGACUGACUCUCUGCUACUCAAAGAGUCAAUAUUGGGACUCCCUAUCUCAACCCUGCAGAAUGAGGCCACAUGAGCGAAUGGGAUGAAAGCGAGAGGGUCUCUACCUAGCUGGACUGACUCUGCAGUAAUAGCCUCAAAACCCAAUACUACACACGGUGCAGAGGUGGACAUCUCACCUAAGACUGUGGAGGAGAGAAACAUGAUUCACCAUAAUAAAAAUCCAUCAACUCAAGUUAUCUACUCUAAUAACACAUUGUCUAUUAACAGGAAGGGUAGCAAUAAAACUAAUGGCAAUUUA